AUGCCUAAGCAAAAUGCCCUGGCCAUAGGGAUAGACCUUGGUACGACUUACUCCUGCGUGGCUGUCUGCCAACACGACAAAGUGGAGAUAAUUGCUAACGACCAAGGCAACCGCACGACACCCAGCUACGUGGCCUUCACCAACACCGAACACCUGGUUGGGGACCCCGCUAAGAGCCAGGCCUCUCUCAACCCCCAGAACACAGUGUUCGAUGCCAAGCGGUUGAUUGGCAGGAAAUACGAGGAUGCCACCGUCCAGGAGGAUAUGAAGCACUGGCCUUUCACCGUGGUCAACCAUGAGGAGAAGCUCAAGGUCCAAGUGUCCCACAAAGGGAAACAGCGGACCUUUUAUCCUGAGGAGAUCUCCGCCAUGGUGUUGUCCAAGAUGAAGCAGACGGCCGAGGCCUACCUAGGCUGCUCCAUCUCCCAAGCCAUUGUCACAGUGCCAGCCUACUUCAAUGAUGCCCAGCGCCAAGCCACCAUAGAUGCCGGAGCCAUUGCCAGCCUCCAGAUCCUGAAGAUCAUCAAUGAGCCGACAGCUGCUGCCAUCGCCUAUGGCCUGGAUAUGAGGAACCAGGAGGCAGGUAGUCGGAACAUCCUUAUUUUCGACCUGGGUGGGGGCACUUUCGACGUUUCCAUCCUCGCCACAGAGGACGGCAUCUUUGAGGUGAAAGCCACAGCAGGGGACACUCACUUGGGUGGGGAGGAUUUCGAAAAAAGGCUGGUGGGCCACCUUGCUGAUGAGUUCAGGAAGAAGCACAAGAAGGAUCUCCACCUGGACAAGAAAGCAAUGCAGAGGCUGAAAAUUGCUGCCGAGCGUGCCAAAUGCACCUUGAGUUCCUGCACCAGCGCCAGCAUCUCGGUCGACUCCCUCUACCACGGGAUAGACUUCCACACAGCCAUCACAAGGGCGCGUUUCGAGGACCUGUGCUCCGACCUCUUCCGGGCCACCCUGAAGCCAUUGGAGAGGGCACUGAAAGAUGCCAAGAUGAGCAAGGGUGAGAUCAAGGAUAUCGUGUUGGUUGGGGGCUCUACCCGCAUCCCCAGGAUCCAGAAGCUGCUGAAGGAUUUCUUCAAUGGGAAGGAGUUGUGUAAGGGCAUCAACCCCGAUGAAGCAGUGGCCUACGGAGCGGCCAUUCAGGCCGCCGUCUUAACGGGCAACCGGACCCCGAAGAUGCAGAAUAUGUUCCUUCUGGACGUCACCCCUUUGUCUUUGGGGAUUAACACCCAAGGCGGAGUCAUGGCGACGAUCAUCAAGCGCAACUCACCUGUCCCUACCAAAGAGACGAUGGAGUUCACCACCACUGAAGACGACCAAGACACCAUCUUGUUCAUGGUGUAUGAAGGCGAGAGAGCCCUGACCAAGCACAACCACCUCCUGGGGACGUUCACCUUAAAAGGCAUUCCUCCGGCACCCUGUGGGAUUCCUGUCAUUGUCGUCACUUUCUCCAUUGAUGAGAACAAUAUCCUGAUCGUCUCUGCCAAGGACGUGGAGACGGGAAACACCAGCCACCUCACCAUUUCUGACACCCGAGGCCGCCUUGGGAAAGAGGAGAUCGAAAGGAUUGUCCAGACGGCGGAAGAGUUCAGAGUGAAUGACAUGUCCCAGCAGGAGAAGAUCGAAGCCAUGAAUUCCCUGGAGUCUUGCACCCUUGAGCUGAAGAGGGUGGCAGAGGAACAGGUCCUGGAUGUGAAAGCCAAGCGGAGGAUGCUGGAGAUGUGCAAGAGCGCCACCUCCUGGCUGGAGGGCAACCCGUUAGCCGAGAAGGAAGAAUGUGAGAAGCAUCAGAAGGACCUGGAGGAAGUAUGGGACUCGAUAUGCACCUCCCUCACCCAAAGCGAGAGGGCAGGAGGGACAUCUGGAGAAGAAGACCAACAUGUGGCGGUGGAGGAGAAAGACGAGGAACCCAAAGAGGGAAUGGAAUGA